GAUGGCUGAAGUAUUGACAGAGUCGGGUUGUGGGUUUCUAGAGAACCCAGUUCUUAAUUCGAGUUUGCUGCAGGAUAGGAGAGUGGUGGUUGUUUCCGUUAUUGGUAAAGAAUCAUUGGAACACUCAAAGACUGAAUGUAUUAGUUCUGCUUUACAGAGAUGUGCUUUUAUCGAAAGUUAUAAGAUACCUGAUUCUACAGCUACAGGAUAUGGGGAUGUUGGUCAGCUAGAAGGCGUUUUUCGUGACGGAGAUGAUAAAAAGGUGGUCGAUAGUGAAUGUCUAAUCAUCAAAUUUGAUUUAUAUAUCCUAACUUUUUCUCAGGGCUUUUUUGAUCUUCUUGCUGUUCUCGAGGUGGACUACAUAAGAAGUUUGGUUUUUUUGAUGCUGGUUUCUCACGUAUUACUUUUUGUUGAACCUUCUUGCCGAUUCAAUUUGAACGUCAGCCGGGCACUUAAAAGGGCCAAUGAGCUCCGGCUUUCUUGCAUGAAAGAAGUAUGUACAGAAUUGACAAGUUUACCAAAAUUCUCUCAUUACUGGGCCGAUGAAGGACGUAUCGCAAGGCCACGCUUGUUGUUUGCCAUGUAUCGUCAUCCGUUGAAAGCCGACAUAGGGUCUGUGAAGAAGGUGCUCUUUUACUUAUCUGUAGUUUAUUGCUAUAAUAAAGACCUUAUAGCGAAACUUGAACAGAGUAUUGAGAACCAGGUGUUCAAUAUCUUAAGGGCAAAUAGGGUUAUUGGCAAUCCAAAAAAAAGGAAUAAUGGAGUUUCAAUUCGUUCUGAAGGUUACCCGUUUGUACACAUAUUUAAUUCAAACGAUAUAUUACGAGACAGAAUCCGAGAUUUAGUAAUGACGAUAAUCGAAACCAGUGAGGAGGUGGAAAAUAAAGAACAUUAUGACAAAGAUAGAAACCGUAAAGAUUCGCGAGGUUUCUUGAAGAAAAUAUUGAAGAAGUACGGAACGAUAAAGAAAGGACAACUUUUUACGAGGUUUUGUUGCUUGGCAAAGGAAUGCCUCUCUCUCACCAAUACCUUAUUUGCGACUAGGUUUUCACAUAUUUCAGUUCCAAGAUUGAAGCGCUUUUUGGUUGGAUGUAAGACUGUCCGGAAACUAAUAUUUGAAAAAAAUUUGAUAGGCAAAGAGAGGCUCAACGAAAUGUUAAAUGUGGAAUUGAUUUUCUCUAAAAGGCUGGUUCAUAUGGGAGACUCGUAUUUAGCUCAGGCAAAAGCAGUUUAUCUUGCUACGGAACCGCGUGAACUGGAUAAAGGGAAAAAGUUUGUUUACACGAGUAAGCAGCAUCAAUUCAAGCUAGCACGUGCUAUUGAAAGGUUGGAGGGCCUCUAUCAUGGAUCAGAUCUUGAGCGAGCGAAGGAAGAAUUAAGGCAGCGGUGCGAAGAAAUAUGGGCAUCAAAGAAAGCUUGCGAAGCUCACUUUUCUCCUAGCAAUCUUCAAGUUGCAGCGUCAAAGCGAACACUACAUUCCAGUUCUGCUCGAUUUCUCUCAACCUGCAACUGUGGCAGAUCUCAGAUUAUACGAAAAGACCCAUUUACCCUAAAGGAAGCCAACUAUGAUUUUUAUUCGCAGUCUAGUUUUUUAUGCUGUCGCGGGCUGGAGUGUUACGCUUUUGCCGUUUUUGAUAAGAGCGAAUCUUCGGCAAACGCAGCUCGAUCGGGGAGUUCCUUGACUGCUGUCUAUCAAAUAGAAAACUUUCCAGAUCAGAUUGAAAUACUUCUGGAUAGGGAUAAUAGAUACCGAUUAGACGCUUCCCAGGACGAUGCUGAGCUACCUCAGGAUGGAAGAUUCAGUGAAGAGGGGAGUUUGUUACUCAGUGCGGAAGAGGUAAAUAGUGGUAUCUCAGCAGUCUCUGAAGAAAGAAAUAGCGACGAUGACGCUGAGAAUCCAAAGGCGGAGGAUGAACCGUCCAGAGUAGUAGAAGCAGAGUUUGGCAAAGCGCAUAUGGAUGAAUAUGCGUCCUCUGGGGAAGAGAACGAAAUUGCGGUGGGAGAAGUGAGCACAUCAUAUUUAGAUGAUGACGACGUGCAGCUGCGAGAGGGAGAAAUUAGCUUAGAUGAACGAGAUCGAUCUUCUGCUGUUGAAUUAGAGGAGGAGAUGUCUCGCCUUCGUUCGCUGUUCAAAGGUCAUUUUCUUGAAUGUGUUCCGAAUUCAGAGGCCCCGUUAUGCUUACCUCUUUUCCCAUCCUGGUCAUUGAUUUGCUUAGGAUCGUCUAGCAUAUACAGUCACAAAUUCGGGCUGAGAGAUGCACCAAACUUUAAAAACGGUACACAGUUUUUACUACCACUGGAUUUUUAUCUUAACGUGGAUGUAGAGAGUUGGGAAGCAGACAUGAAGGAAAUUAUGAGCGAGUCUAUUUCAUAUCGGUCUCGUCGGCACAUGAGAGGUAGCAAUGGUCGCGAAAAAGUGAAGCUUUUUGUUGGAUUUGAAUAUGAAUGUCCUAGAGGUCAUCGUUUUAUGAUACGAGAUGCACAUACUCCAGUAAAUGGACCAAUUUCUUCGAAGGAUAAUGGAUCUGUUCUACUAAGAUCAGAAUUAUAUCUUUGGAUGCCUUGUACUUGCAGGAGAGCUCCUAAAGUUAGUGCUCAGUUAAUGCGGCUACAUGUAGUUACUCCCAAAGCGCCAGUUACAGUAACUGUUAAUCCGAAAGUACAGCCUUCAUCGAAAGAAACGAUAUUUUUCACUGGGGAAAAAGCUAUUCGUCUUGAGUGGGCAAGGUAUUAUGUAUUACGCUUUCCGUACGUUUAUGAAGGAUUGCAGGGCCCGAUUUACAUGCCUGAUAAGCCAACAUUUUCAGGUAAAUUGCUCCCAAAUUGUAUUAAUGUUGAAUAUACUCCUUUACAUUAGAA